GACUUCAUCGAAGCAAACGUAGGAGAGGGUCUGCAAGAAGAAGUAGCGCAUGCCAUCGUCACCUCAGCACAGUUGUUUACCUACUGAAAAUGGGGUUUAAAGCCGAUCAUAUUUCGAUAUGCCAAGCUACUCGGCAUGGAAAUCUUCAUAUACUGCGGCUACUACUGGAAAACAUCGUUCACCACACUGUUGAUUGGGACGGUGCCCUACUACAGGCAGUGAGAAGUGAAAAUGAGUCGGCUUUCCGACUGUUGGUGGAAUCUGGAGCACCACUUCACGAGUGGGUUGAAAGUGAGGGACUACGUAUAGCGGAAGAAGAGGGCUUGGAAUCGAUGGUUAAUUUAAUUAAAGAGUACGAGUGGGAGAUACCACGCCUUGAAUUCAUAGAAAGUGUGGAAUCAAAACUGGCUUAAUGUCAGAUUAUCCACUUGACCAAAAGGUAACUUGUAAUGUCAUAAAAUGUCAUUACUUAUUAUAUGCGAC